GGCAUCCUACCUGAUGGAGAGCACAGCAGUGUCCUAGACCAGCGUCUUGAAAUUAAGAAACAAAAACACCUGUGAAAGAAUCUGAGGAUUGCCUUUUGUGGUGGUUAUAGAUCAUCUACAUCGAAAGUAUUAGUAACUGCCUUAAAAGUCUAAGAAGAACCAUGGAGGACAGAAGCAGCUGCAACAAUGACCGGGAGCGCUUGGGAAUACGCUUCACCAUAGACUACCUGCUGUACAACAAGGACAGUAAGUGUAUGAGAGAAGAGCAAAAUAUUCCCGCAGUGGAGCAGACCCCUCAUAGCCUACUGGAGGGCCAGAGUCUUGACAUCCUCUCAGUGAGGAAAAUUAUCAAACCUGGGAGCCCUGAGAAGGGGCCAGAGGGAGAAGAGGGGUCAGAGGAGGAGAAUGAAGAGGAGGAGGAGAUCAAAGGGGAGAAAGAUGAAGAGGAAACCACUACAGACAGCCCACAGGACAAGCCUUCCCAGUCCUACAUCUCCCUUAUCUCCAUGGCCAUACUUGCUUCAGAGGAGAAGAAGCUCUUGCUGUGUGACAUCUACCAGUGGAUCAUGGAUAACUACCCCUACUUCAAGAGCAAGGAUAAGAACUGGAGGAACAGCGUCAGACACAACCUGUCCCUGAACGAGUGCUUUGUGAAGGCUGGUCGGAGUGACAAUGGUAAAGGCCAUUUCUGGGCCAUCCACCCUACUAACUUCCAGGACUUCUCCAAUGGGGACUACCAUCGCCGCCGGGCUCGCCGCAGGAUCCGCAGAGUAACAGGACAGCUCCCCUACGCCCUGCACACACCCUAUUACCCCCUCCAUAGGCCCAGGGGGGUGUGGUGCUGGUGCUGUCCCCCAGCCCACCCUCUCUCCGCAGCCCACCCUCUGUCCUACGUCUCAGCCAGGAUCUAUUGGAGCUGGGCCAGCCUGCAGACCAGACGACACCCAUCCACGCUCCGGUUCAAUAGCACCACAUAGAAUUGGAUGCAUGUUGCAUGUUGGUCUGUUCUUUAUAUGACAGGUGGCUGAGAGAGAUGUAUUGAGUAUGAUUGUGAAAUCUGUGGCUGGCUGGCACAAAUAAGAGUACCAAAGCACCAAAGUAUGAUAUUGCACAAUUUUUGUUUGAAAUGCAAUAC